AUGACUGGCCCAGUCUCGUCUAGCUCCUAUAAUAUCGUCGAUGACGAUGAAGACGAGGCUUGGGAGGAUAUCCCUUUGAAUGAGAUUGAUGAGGCUACCCAGGAAAACCUGGAUGGAGUUGAGGGCAUGCUCAACUUUGACGUUGACCUUGAUAACCAGUUGCCGACCAUUAAUGUUGCUGAGCAGUCGAAUGCGAUUAUCGACAAGAUGAUCCAGGAAAACCAGAUCCGAGAAUACCAGUUCUUCCGUGAUACCUGGGAGAUGACUCUUGAGAUACUUUACAUCAAGGUCAAGCGGCUGAACAGCAAUCCUGCCUUUACCCUAGCUGCGAUGGAGGAUUAUGGCUUCAUUCGACCUGGCUUUAAAUUUCCAGUAGCUGGCGACAUCUUCACCAAAGAGGAAGUGCUUCUUUGGUUUGCACUCGCCAAGUACUGGCACCUGAACCGCUUGUCUAAGAAGAAGAAGAUACGCCUGGUUCUUAAUUCUUCUGUCAAGAAGAAGAAGACCCAAUUCGCACUCGCGCACCGCCCAGCCAUCAAGAUUCAAGGAUCUCUCUUCACUACAGCUCAGCGCCGAUAUGCCUCCACUCCAAAGCCUUCAGUGAAGGCUAUGUUCUCUGAGAUCAGUGACUCGAUGAUCAAGAAAGGUGUUUGGGAGCUUCUGGGCCUUGCUGAAGUUUGGGAAGAGUUUACUGCUCUCGAUAAAACAGCCAACAUCUUAUCUGCGAUGUAUAAGAAGUUCUUAGCUAUACUAAAGCUGAUACCAUUCUUCCUGAAGCUUGACCUUGCUCGGGAUAAAGCGCUAUACAACUGGCGUCAGGUCCAUGAGUUGGCUCAGAAGCUAACUCGUUUGCUUGACUUUUCUCUAUAA